UUAGGAGAUUUUGUAAUUCAACUUUCAUGUUUAAUACCAAUUCAGAUUGCAAUUGCUAAAAAUAAUCAAUUACAACCACUUCGAGAUGGUUUAGCAUCAAAUGAUUAUGAGAUAGAUUUUGAUGUUGAACAUGGAUGUCAUUUUGAUGGUAUUGCAGAAAAUAUUUCUCUUGGGUGGUAUGAAAGUAUUUUUAAGCAUUUUGGUAAUCGACAAGUUAAAGUUGUUUCAAGUAUGGGUGAACAAUCAUGUGGAAAAUCAUAUAUGUUGAAUCACCUUGUUGGAACAACAUUUGAUAGUUCUGCAAUGAGAUGCACUGAAGGAGUAUGGAUGUCUUUAGUUAUAACAAAAGAAAUUAUUUAUGUUGCACUUGAUUUUGAAGGAUUAAGGUCUUUGGAAAGAACACCACAAGAAGACUUAUUUUUAACUUUGUUUAACACAAUGGUUUCUAACAUGAUACUUUUUAAAAACCAAUUUGCUGUUAGUAGAGACAUGUUAGAAAUGUUUCAAAGAUUUCAAGAUUGUGCAACUUUUUUUAAAUCUGACCCAAAUAUUUUUCAAGCAAAACUUUGUAUUAUAAUUAAAGAUGUUCAUGAAAGUGAUCAAAAAGGAAUUGCUGAUGAGUUUCAUCUCAAGUUUGAAGACUUGGUUAAAAAACAAGCAGAAGAUAAUUUUAUUACCAGAAUGUAUAAAAGUGGAUUAACUAUUUUACCAUGGCCAUUAUUUAAUAAUCCUGCUUGGUUUAAAACUUUGAAAACUGUCAAAAAAAAGUUGGAUAUUCAGAAAGCAAAGUAUGAAAAUGGACAAAUUUUUUUACAAAACAUUAAAGUCAUUAUGGCCAAAUUAAAAAUUUGUGAUUGGGGACCCUUGGAUGAAAACCUUGUUCAAAUACAUUUAUCAACUUUAAAGCGAAUACUUCCAGUAGCUAUAUCUUAUGGCUUAGAGCAAAAUGAACAAGAAAUUAAGCCUUUAAUAAUUUAUGAUACAGAAGAGAAAAUAGAUGAUCAAUCUCAUUUAUCUAAAUUUGCAGAAACCUUCAAUACACAAAAUGAACUAUUUCCAGAUUCAGAUGUUUUACUCUUUGAAGAAAAUGCUGAUUUUGUUGAUUUUUCAUAUGAUCUAAGAAAUCAAUUUGAAGAAAAUAUUCAACAACGAAAAGAAUCUCCAAAUGAUUCAGAAUGGUUUAAUAAAUUAGAAAUGUUUUUCAAUUUUAUUAUUGAACGAAGAAUAUAUCGUGUUGAGCAAUGGUUUUCACAAAACAUCACCAAAUUUCCACAAGACAAUAAUGAAGUUGUUAUUGGAAAAUAUGCUCUUGAAAAAGUAAUAAACAAGCUUAAGCUUUUUUGGACAUUAUGUGGACUUUCAUGUCAGGAUUGUGGAUUACAUUGCCUUAAAAAUCUUGGUCAUUCUGACAAACAUGACUGCAAGACUAAUCAUAAAUGCCAUUUUUCUUGUCAGUUUACAGAAGCACAUGGUUCUUUUAUUCCAACAUGUAGUCAUAAAGCAGGACAUGAUGGGAAACAUGCAUGUAAUAAAGCCAGCCAUUUAUGUAGAAAACCUUGUAAUCUUAGUGGUAAACAUAAUUGUCAAAAAGUAUGUUCAAAAGUUAUUGGACAUGAAGAUGAUGUACACAUGUGUCAAUCAGAGCAUUAUUAUUGUGGAGAGUCAUGUUCACUCUUUACAUCAACUAACAAAGGUGAUUAUAAAUGUCCAAACAAAUGCAUUAUACCACAUGGGCUUAAGCAUGAUCAACAUUGUUGUGAAAAUGAGACAUGUCCAAUUGAAUGCCCAAUUUCAGAUUGUCAAAAUAGAUGCCAGAGUAAUAAUCAUUUUCAUGCAAAUGAACCUUUAGUUAAUCAUUUUUGUGGUAAUGAUCACCAAUGCCAUGAGGAUUGUGAAGAACCAGGUAUUUGUAAAAUUUCAACUGAACCAAAAAAAGAAGAAGCAACAUAUAAAGUGUUGAUUAAAGAAAGUUCAAUUAGCUUUUUUAAAUAUAUUCAACAAAGUGAAAGGAUGAGAUGUAAUAAAAGAAUACCACCAAACUCCUUCAAGCAUGAUGGACCACAUUCACAUAAUGGAUCUCACUUUUGUGAUAAAAAAUGUCCAUUCUGUGAAUAUUAUUGCAACUUGCCUCAUGGACAUACACAAACUUUACAUGAGACUACCCAUGGAAAUAUGGUACUAACAGAAUUUACUGCAGAUGAUGAUAAUGUAUUUGAGUAUAAGGGACAUAAAUUACAAAUUGGAGAUCAAGGUUCUUUUGUUCUUUGUAAUUUUUAUUGUAAAGAAUUAGGUCGCCAUAGACAUAUUGAUUAUUGUCAAAAUGUGGAGGCAUGCAAAAAUGGACACCAAGGGCAAGAAAUAAUGCAUAUAGAUGCACCCAUCAAACCCAAUCCUGAUGAUAAAAAAGAUUAUGUAACUCAUAAAAUAUUUUGGGAAAGAACUGGCUUUAAAGAUCCAUAUUCAACACAAGAACAAGUAGAAUUUGCAAAAUGUGAUCAUGAAUGUCCAGAUGAAGCUCACAAUAAGCAACAAAGUUCUAAUAGUGCAACUCCCACAAAAUCUUAUUGUGAAUUGGAAAUUUUCCAUAAACCUUUAAAUACAUCAUCUAGGACAUCAACUGGUGUUGGUUAUAUUUCACUGGAUGGUCAUCAGUUCAGCUGUGAUAAUCCAAAUAAAAAUGAAGCAGCAUUUCAUAUUAUAUUUGCACUUGAACAAUCAGGUUCAAUGUGUUCUAGUGAUAGAAAAUCUUUAGAAAACAUUCGUUCAAACAUCCAUCAGAAAAAUGCAGAAAGUUUAAGAAGACAUGAACCUUCUUUAAUAAAAAAGUUGUAA